GGGAUUAAGGGAUGUGGGCUGUCCCUGUAGUACCCAAGGCUUUCCUCCGACUCUGAUUCAGAAGGAUCUCAGCUGUGAUUGUGGGUCUGUUGUCGUCGAGCACAGACGGACCAUUUCAGAGAGCUCUCACCAAGAGAAUCACAGAGAGAGAGAGAGAGAGGGACGAGGCUGUUUGUCGGAAUAACAGUCUCCGCCUUUGGAGAGGAGUCGGGUAGGGACAUUUUUAAGAACACAUGAGGACAUGUGUUAAAGAAUAAAUCGGGGAAUGGAGGAAGGAUUCCUGAAGCUGGUUUUUACGGGGUGCAUGUGUCUGUUUUUGCAGAGUGAUGAAUGAAAUUGAAGAGGAAAUCGUAAAACCCGACCUUCCAAUGGAUGCGAGCAAGUGAUGUUGCAGGUAGGCUCCAACCGAGACUGAGAAAAGUCUGUUAUUAGAGAUAUCAAUACACACAUAAUAUACAAGAACUCAAAGAGGAAUCAACACCAAGAACAAGUUGUGAAUCAGAGUGUGAGUGUGCCUUCUCUGGAUCAGAUGCUGCAGAUGUGUUGAGUGAGAAGACCCACCUCAUCACAGAUCGGAGAAUGGUCCCCGGGGCCCCCAGCACGACCACCACCAUGCUCCCCGCAUCCGAGGCUGCCAAGAUCUACCAGACCAACUACGUGCGCAACUCGCGCGCCAUCGGCGUCCUGUGGGCCAUCUUCACCAUCCUCUUCGCCAUCGUCAACGUGGUGUGCUUCAUCCAGCCCUACUGGAUCGGGGACGGUGCGGACACCCCUCAGGCGGGCUACUUCGGGCUGUUCCACUACUGCAUCGGGAACGGGCUGUCCCGGGACUUGACCUGCCAGGGGAGCUUCACUGAAUUCAGCGCCAUCCCCUCCGGUGCGUUCAAGGCCGCCUCCUUCUUCAUCGGCAUGUCCACUGUGCUGGUGCUCACCUGCAUCGGCUGCUUCGCUCUCUUCUUCUUCUGCAGCACCGGGACCGUGUACAAGAUCUGCGGCUGGAUGCAGCUGGCGGCAGGUAGGGCUCUCUUGACUUCAGGUGGGGGGCUUAUAAACAAGUUCAGAGUUGGUGGAAUCAAACCUUACUCAAAAUUGUCCAAAAACUGAAGGAUCCUUUUCACAAAAUUGGAUUAAAAAGAGUUUAAAGUGCACACAACAUAGACUAGAACCCUUCUGUUUUACUGUGGUGGCCUUGAAGUACAAAAAACAACAAUUAAACACAACAAGCGUUCACAAAACACAUCAACUUUACCUUCUUGAGUACUUGCAGGGUCAAACAGAAAUCAAUAUUGUAAUAAUAAUAAUAAUGCAUCAGAUUCCAUAUAGCGUGUAAUCUGUCAUUUGUUGUGUUCUGGGAUUUUAUUGUGCUUUCUUUUUUGUUUUGUGUUUUGCACUUCAGGGCCACCAUAACACAUAACCCAGGUUAGUAAUUUUACCACCUAUGAUGACUAUCUGGCACAGGUUUUACCCCCUUGAACCCUCAUUUUUACGCUGCUCCUUACUCACUUAUUAAUAAUCUUUAAUAAUCCUGAUAUUCCCCUGUUCCCCCUUUUUUUUGGAGUAUCAUAUACUCCAAUGGAUCAGUGUUUGAGCUCUGCUGAGAUAGCUCAGAGGUUAAAUGAGUAAUCCUUACACACACUACAAUUCUUUUGUUACAGCCUUGGUUAAACAUUACGUAACUGUCUGAAGUGUAGGUGUAGAGACUAAAGCCUCAGAGGAGCUUAAGACUCAAUAUUGAAACGGAGGAAAAAAUACUCUGUUGUAAGAUUAAAAUAUGAGAAUGUACAAGCAAGUGUGCUUUUGGAAUUAAAUCAAAAAAGGAUCUGCAGACUGAAAAAUAUCUUACAGGUCGUCUUCAGGCGUAGUCAAGUCAACACCACAAAGAGAGACUAUAAAGACAGAAACGCAUUCAUCACACAGGUGAUUCCUGCUCUGAAACUGGACCAGUCAGAAUUAGAGCUGGCCUGAUACUCUGGAAUUAAUUGGGUACAAAGCAUGCCUCCAUGGAAAGGGCAAAAUAAAUUAGAAGCAAUUGAAAUCACAAAACACCCGAAACUGAGCUUUGUACAUCACCAGUCGCACAAACGAUGGCGAGAGAUCAUUCAAACUGCGAUUAAUACACACGGGGAGAAGCGUUUGGAGUUGAAAUAUGUAACAAAUAGACAACUGAAAUAUAUCAUACGCAUACAGAAAUAUACACAUACAGCAGGUUUGGCUCAGUAAUUGGAUCAAUGUUGGAUUAACACAUUAAAUAUAGACUUGUGUACCAUAGACCAUAAGAGAUAAUGCGUGCUUGAUCAUGAAUAUGAACAGAAAUGUUUAGAUCUGCUUUAUUUUGUGAACAUUUUUCCUCUAUGAACCCUGCAUGUCAUGCUUUAGCUCAUUUGUGCAUCCAGAAAUGAACACCAUAACUACGUAUUCACUGUUUACUCUGUUUUAAAUUUGCCUUAACACAUAGGCAAGUGGAACUACACACAUUUUUGUCCCCAUAUCAAGGACUCAAGUGAUAGUCUGUAACAUUUUUAUGCACAUGUGUAAAGAAAAUCAUAGAAGCUGAAACAUACAGAGUACAUGUUACUGUCUGAUCUACACCUCCACCUUUGAAUAAUUUCUUACCAAACUUCCAGUCUUCCCUGCAAAGCACACAGCCACAUUAUCCGCCUGAAUGUUAACAGAUCUUGAUUCUCAUCUAAUCAAAUAACUAGCGCAGCUCAGCUUUAUAUCUCCGCCAACUAUUUCAGCACACGAGGGAAAACGACUCAAAAUGUCAGGCUUAAUAACUUUCUUUCCCCUCUGCUUUUUGAGUUUUGUAGAAGAGAUUUAGAGCAGGAGAAAUGGGGCUGUAGUAAUCCCAAACUCAUCAUGCAGAUAUAAAAGUUUUCUCACAUCUUUAAAUUUUUUUAGUUGCAGACAAGAGUUCAGAGUGAAAUCGAAAUAAAGACUGUAAAAGAAUAAAAGAAAGCAUUAACAGGCACAAACAAGCUCACUUUCAUAUAUUCAUAAACAGUCAAACUGCUCUCCAUAUAAAUACUUGACACAAUACAUAGUGACAUGUAACUACCAGGGGUGUUUCUAAGGGGUAGACAGGGGUGGUCCUGUCCCCCAAUGAAAUCUGAUUGGCCACCCUUGAAUGUGAAUCUCUGAUUGGCUCACUGCCUUGUCAGAGGCGGGACUUGAGUUGAAGUCACUAUUCUGCUUGUGACGCAAUAUGCUGUUGGUAGCUGUCUUGAUUUAUCAGUGGAUAUUGAAGCUGUAAAGAUUUAUAUGUUGUCGCUCUGUUGGAUCACUUCUUAUGGUCCUUACACACCAGGAGUGUUUUUUUCUCAUGGUUAUUUUAGACAUCAAUAUUUUUUUUUACCCGGAUCCUGUCAAUAUAAGAUUUCACAUCAGCGAUGUUUUCCCAUCCUGCGAUAUUGCGGCAUUUAUUUUUUCAUAUCACAGUCGAAUUUUCUAAAGUUUCACGUACUGUGUCUCCACUUCUGACCAAUCAGAUUUCGUGUUUAUGGAUUAUAGUUUAAUGUGCUUAUCUGGUACUUGCCCCGACUCAGUACAUGCUAUCAUGACAGACAGUCAUCUCAACACUAGUGUCUAAUCAGAACUGAAAAAUAGUCAGUCUGCUGUUGUGUCAGUCUUGAUGUGUAUAGCCAAGCGCGUAAAAAUUGCCUCCUAAUAUUUUGUAAUUUUGCAUCGUAUAUUUGCGUCGUUUCCGGUGUGUAAGGAUUUCUAAAGGGAAAAAUGUAGGAAUACACACUCUGUAUGAUACUACUUUUGUGUAGUUUAAAUUGAGAUGAUUUGUGGAGAUGGAAACUUAAACAAAUGCUUAUACUUACGCCCAAGUUUGGCCACCCUCGUCAAAAAGCUUGGCACAGCUUUUGGCAACAACAGGAUACAGGAUAUUUUCUUCCUGCUCAGACAGACAAAAGUUCAAAAACAACAAAGUAUUGAAAAGAAACUAACAAAAAAACCACAGUAGCACUUUUACCAUUUCACAUCUUCUCAGAAAGUCAGUGGUGUAAGCUGCCAAAUAAACUUUUAUCGUAAGUCUUAGUGGUUAGUCUCAUUUUAUUAGGACAUUUUCACUUGACAGAUUCAGACUUUUAUUGGUGCUUGAGAUUGCCAUUACACCAGUGUGACAUUAUCAGACAUAAUUUACACUUCUGCAGGUUGUAUUUCAGUUGAAAGGUUCAGAUACUGAGCCCUGGAUUUCUCCAACUUUGCAUAGCCGAUGGCAAAUGAACGUGUAUGAAUGGGAGUAGUUGUGGCUGAUGGACACAUUACAUCAGUGUGUGUAUGUGUAAAUGUGUAAAUGUGAAGUAAGUAUAAAAGCACUUUGAGUGGUCGAGAGACUAGAGGAAGCGAUGGAUACAGUCCAUUUACCUGGACAGUAUUUAGAAACGAUGCAGCAAAGCCAGAUAAAUGCUCUUUCUCUGGAGUAGCUUACCUUGUGGCAUCGAUUUUAUUUGUUUUAGAGAGAAAAGUGCAAUGUCGGGGAGUAACACUGUGGAAGGUUUGUGGACAAAGAAAUACCUCUCAUCUCUUAAUGAUCUUGCUUUGUACAUGUGUAAAUAAUGUUUCCUGACAAAACAUCUCAUCUUGCAAAAACAAACCCAAUUUUCCAUUAAAAGUACAAUAAAGAAUCAGACUUUGAAUUUCAGUCGGUUUGAUAACCCGUUAGAAUAAAUCCUUCCACUCACAGCCUCAUUCAGUAUCUGUCGGUAUCUGUAGUGUCUCUGCUUCUUAUUCCCGUUUACCUACAGCUGUGUCUGCUGCUGUGAAACCUGCCAUUAAAAGAUUUAGACCUUCUCUCUGUCUCUGAGCAGACUGAAUCCCCCCGUGAUUGUGGAAAGAUCCUGUCAGAAGUCAGCUCAGGUGCUCUGUGUCUCUGCUGUGAUGUGUUAUCAAAGGCAGCUCUGAGGCUGUCCUCCUCACCGACAUGCCCCGAAUGUCGAAUAAGCUCGGCCUCCAGUGGACGGAGAGUUUUAGAAAAGUGGCAUUAAAAGUCAAAGAUCGUAUAAUGGUGGCUGCUAUGAUGUCGCCGUUUCCUUUGUAUUAAAAACACAGUCUGGCUCUCCUGUCUGUUUUUUUAUGCCCGCGCAGGUCUUUUGUUUAAAUUUGCACAGGAGUUGGCAGACAUCCACCAGACAGAGCUGGAGUCCAGCCGUAACAGUUAGUCAACUUUUCAUUUUCUAUUUCACUUUUCAGCCUUAAAAGCACUCCCACACAGACUCAUCCUCUGAACCGCUCGCAACAACCGCCCCCGCCACAAAAGCAGAAUAUAACACUUGUAGAUACUGAGGUCUCACUCUCUAGAAAGUUCUUACAACCCAGAUUCUGUGAGAGUUUGGAUGGUGAGUAAAAUGUUGAUAAAACAGAGUUUGAUGGUGUGUGAAUCAUUUCAAGCCUAUAUUUGAUUUAAAAAGCGCAAAUGCAACAUAUCAAAGUGUUUAUUUGUGUUAAUUUGUGCUCAGGACACGGUGUCCAUGAUUUCCAAAAAGAAUGUCAAAUAUUGAUUUAUCAGUCAGAGAAGUGUCCGGCACUUUGGGAUCAAAAACCUUUUAAUAAAUCCAUUCUAGAGACUUCUGUUGUGAUCCAGUUGCCCUGUGGUGAGAAAGUACUUUUGUAUUGCUCUCUAAAAAUGCAUCAUAUUAUAUAAUUAAUCGCACUUUCAUCACUUCUGUUGAAUUUUCUGUUUUUGAUUAAUAUCUUUUGACCUUUUAUGAGUUCCCCCAUCGCACAGUUUCUCCGUCAACAUUUCUGUUCUCAAUAUUUUCCAAUCAGCGGAUGGAUUUAUGCUGAUUACUAAUUCCCUGUACACUUCCCUCAGUAAUGAGUUAAUUAACAUUUAACUUGGCUUUAAAUAUGUACUCAAGUAGUUCAUUUGAUCAUCAUCUCUGGCCUGCAGGCUGAAUACAAAAACAACUUUCUUUGGCUUUUUAGUUUUUACUUUAACUCUUCAGGGAACCUCCUGAAUACACUCCUGUUUUUUUCUAUUUGGAGUGAGGGCCCAGAAACUGGUUUCCAGUUGCUGACUAUCUUCACUUUAACUUUCGAAAGAUUCAGUUCCAAAAAACUGUCUGCACACCAGUCCACCAGGGAAGAAACCUAAUUUUGCGAGCUGUGUUAUAUUUACAAACUACAGAGAGUGGUGUGAUUUACAUGCUUUAAAGGCACUGUGAGGAACUUUCAUUCUGCUGACCCCUUUAGACAAAUUGACUUUCAUCCUCUGACUUUUGGCAGGAUUCAGAGUGAUGACACAGGAUUUGUUAACUGAGACGUAACAGUCUAAUUUUACCAUUCACAUCCCCAGUGUCACGAUGUGUGCUCUGAUGUCCCUUGAAUAACUCAAAUAUGCUCCCAGUUGAACUGAUUUGUCCUCAAAUAACAGGGACGCAAACAUGCAGCAGCAUAAACAUUAAAUCGUAUUCACAGCCAUUUUUCUAUUAUCUAGCAGAGCCCUGGUUGUAGAGUUUCCCCGUCUGAUACAAUUCUUCCACAAACAAAUGCCUUCUUGCAGAUUCUGGUUCUAGCCAUGAAUACAAAAAGGAAAUUAUCCAAAGGAGAAGAGAACUUUUUGUGUUAGCCAACUUUAUCUCACUGCCAAACUUAACUGGCAGAGCUCGAAACUGAACCACUUUAAAGUUAGUAGAAAAUUAAACACAGGCACUAAAAUCAGGCAUUCAUAAAAAUACUCCAGUCAUGUUGCAGAGAAUCUUAUUUUACAAUGUAAGUCAUUAAGUGGCCUCAGUGUGCCUUUGGCGGCCCCUCUGGCUAUUUGCUGUAAUUGCAGGCGACCAAUUUUUUUCCCUGCAUGUAGGUUAUUUGCAUUUUUGACUUAGUGCUUUUAACAGAGUCUUAAAUAUUUUUCUUCUUUAUGUAUCAAAUUGAUUCAAGUAAGUUUCACAUAUUUUCAAUUAUGACUUAUUUCUACGUUUCUGCCCUACAGAGUAAAUAUGUUGAAUUUUUCUUUUUACGCAAGACAUUCAACUCAUACGACUACAAAUGUAAGAGAUGUUACUUUAUUUGAAUAAGGGAUGGAUAGAUUUUUUUUGUCUUGAUUAAAAGAAUCAUAAAAAAUUAGGGGACUGGUUUAGCUUUGUUAAAAUAAACUGUAUGUCCCAUUUGAAGAGCAUAGUCCUCCAAGCUGGCAGCUUUCUUCCUUUGCCAGAUGUCAUUCCCCCGCCCUUCCCAGUUUACCACCCUUUCGGCCUGUCUGUUAUCUGGAAACAGGACUUAUUUGUGCCACAAGCUCAUGAGGUUGACUAUUUUGAGCAACUUCAGAUGGAUAUACUCAUAUCAGUUUUCCAUUUGCUGAUCUGCUGCAUAAUUAAUGGUGUCGAUAUUGGUCAUUAAAAAGCAGAUAUUGAUUGACCACAAUUUCAGACAGCAUGGAGACUAUAUGAGCCAUGUUUGGGUCUCAUGCAUUCACCUUGAUUAGAGAUUUCCCAAAAAGAUGGUUCUCAUCCGACAGAGACCUUUUUAUCCAACAAACACAAACACACAAGAUAUUUUAUGUUACCUUCUCCAGAUUUUCAACCUCAUGACCUACAAAGUUAUUAAUGACUAAUCAUUUAUACAUAAAGCCAUAAAAAAUCUUAAUUUGCCAUCACAGAAUCCAUUAGUCACAACCAAUAAACUCUUUAAAAGCUCUCCUUAUCAGGAGGCGUGACCGAUCAUGGAAACAGGGUGAGGUGAGAGAGCUCGGUGUGACAGACAGCGCUGACGUGAGGCUGCAUGUCCCUGCUCAAUAACCUAGGUGGCCUCCAGAGCUGAUGGCCAUCUGGAUUACACACACACAAACACACACGCACACACACACACACACAGGGACACAUGAAGAUUGAAAUUGUGCGAACAGCUGCCCCUUUCCCGAGGCUGUAAAUCCAUAGAAAUCCAUAGAAAUCAGAGUAUUUUUCAAGCAUUUCCAGCACAUGCAGCACGUUUUCCAGGUUGCCUGACCAGCAUUAAGUGGCUUUCGCUGCCUGCUAAGUGGUUUGAACCAAAAAUAAAAGCUCCAUUUGCUUCUUAAAAGUUUAUUGAUCCAAAUAUUGGCCCCUCUAAUCACAUGGGGAUGGCUGCAUAUCCUCCAGCGUGUGAGAGUGAAUACAAAAACUCAGGUUUCAUUACAUUUGACGCAUGAUAACACACUCUGAUAAAAAAAAAAAAAAGCGUAUGGCUGUCUGAUAUUAUUAUAUGUGUAUGCUCUGUGUCUCGUCUCAUUUUCAAUUUCACACCUCUUCGGAGAGAUGUCAGGUGUAAGCGGUGCGUGCUACUUAUCACUGUCACAUUGUGUGAAGGAGAGGAGAGAGAGAUACGCAGAGGUGAUAUAACGAAGAGGACGGUGACGAGAUAAUGAGAAAUGAAGCAGGGAGUGUUUGAGAGCUGAAGUCUUUAUAGUGAAGUGAAGUGUGUGAGUCAGAUUUCUGUCGAUGGAACAAUUAGGUGAGGAGUCAUGAUGUCUAAACCUGGAGAUAGAGAAUUCCUCAUAAGACUACCAAAUAUAACAAGUGUACAACCUUUACAAAGUAAAAGCCUGACCAUCGAAACUUAAGAUCCAGAUUAUUUAUCAAAAUUUGAAAUCAAGUUAUAAUUAAACUAAAGCUUUUUAGUUUAUUUUAUUCCCUUAAAUAAAAUAACUGCUUUAGUUGAUAUUUAAUAAUUCUGUCUAAUGUUACUUAACAUGCCGUUUGGUGCAGAUUACACAUUCUCUGUUAAGUUUAAGAAUUUUAAGAUAAGGUAUGUUUCCCUCAUAAAAUAAAUCUUAUGUUUGUUAUAAAAUACUUAAUUUUAGCUGUUGUUUGUAUAUUUAUAGAAGCAAAGUACCUGUCUAGCCUUAGAGGACAAUUACAAUACUAAAGGAUGAUUAGGUUAUUAAAAGAGCAAAAUGGUAUCACAGGUACUGGUUGGAUAAACAAAUUAUUGAUAUACAAGUAAUCUAAUACAAUUAAGCUCGGCCCAAAAUGUCAGUCAUAUAUUAUGUCUAAGCUGUAGCACAGUUACCUGCUAAUAACUGAAGCUGUAGUUCAGAUACAGGCCACUGCCAUCAUGCUGUAACGCAGAUAUAAAAAAAGUGCAGUUUAGUAGUAUUUUGAUCUGUAUGGAGGUAAAGUUAUUAAACUGACAUAUAACCAUUUAACUGGAGCUGUGUGCAAGUGUUGUAGAAAACAUGUAUGGUACGCAGCAAACCAACGCACAGGAGGUAGGAUGAGAUCUAAAGAGCAGCCUGGGCGUCUUUAUUGUACAGAUGUUGAAAUCAGAACAGAUGUUACAGAGUCUAGACCAAAACCAUCCAAGGAAGCCCCGGGCUCUCCUCUCACUCACUUUUAUGCUGCUGAGUGUGUAUCUGAACAUAACAGGUGUGUAUUACAGAUGUGCACCCCUCACGUGUGUGUGUAUGUGUGUGAGUCCCUUUAGAUGUGUAUUGCAAGUGCGAGUCGUUUUCUAACCGAUGUCUUACCCUCUGGGAGGUUGUCCAAGGACAUAUCUCACUGUUCCAGAUAUCAACAGAGCAUUAGUAUUGCUGGGAAACCAACUUAACUUUCCUGGCGGUCAUUAGGAUCAACCAGACUUUUUUGGCGAAACAGAAAUGAGUUCAAGCUCUUGCAAAACAUCUUGCUGUGAGAUCGUGUAAGCAAAGCCAUCCUAGCCAAUUAUAAAUCACUCAUAUAAACAUAAUUGAUUUAUUCUUCACAAGAAGGGCUGAAGGCUGGUGGUGCCCCCUCUAUUAGAGGUGGCCACACUCAGCAGCCAAUUUGACAUAUCACCCACUGAGCAAAAGACAGCUAUUAGAUGUCUAGUUUUAUUUUAGACCUAAUUUCAAUCGUCUAGAUUCUGUAUAUUUUCAGACAGAAUUUAGACGUUGCACUUUAACCCACUGUUCAGCAACUAUUUAUUUCAAAAAGCAACUGUGAGUUGCAUAACUGAUCUCCAAGUACUUAACCAAAAUAACUAUGACAGCUGUUGAGCAAUAGACAGUGUAGUAUAGAUAUAGCCCAGAUUUAGACUUGGUCUAAGCUUGAUCUAAAUUUAGACAUCUAAAAAACUUUCAUUUUUAGACCUGUGGUAGCCUGAUUUUAGACCAGUUGUCUAGACCAGAGGUCCCCAACCACUGGGCCCCGGAUCGGUACCGUCCGUGGAUCAAUUAGUACCGGGCCACAAAAAAAGUAACAAUGAUUACAUUUUUUUUUUCUUUUUGUCCAUCAUCCUAGUAUCUUAUUUUGAAAGACCACCACUUCCACCUUGAAGUGGUGGACUCUUCGGCAUGUCAUUUUUCUGCAUCAGCCACACAAGCUAGCCCUUGCAAAAAUGAGCCAGAAACAGAGUUCACUGAGCAACAGACGGCUAUUAGACAUCCAGUUUUUUUUUUUAGACCUAUUUUCAACCGUCUAGAUUCUGUAUAUUUUUAGACAGAAUUUAGACAUUGCACUUUAACCCAGUAUUCGAUAUCUAAUUAUUUCAAAAAGCAACUGUGAGUUGCAUAACUGAUCUCCAAGUACUAAACCAAAAUAACUAUGAUAGCUGUUGAGCAAUAUACAGUUAGACCUCUGUUAGCCGGCUAGUCUAAACUUGGUCUAAAUUUAGACGACUAAAAAACUUUCAUUUUUAGACCUGUGGUAGCCGGAUUUUAGACCAGUCGUUUAGGCUACAUUUAGACAUCUAUUAGACCUCUUUUAGACCAAAAAAUGCUCAGCAGGCACAGUUCAUGUUCAUGUUCACGUUAACGUUUUCACAGACUAUGAUUCUGUGUGUAGACAUAUUUAAUAAACUGUGCAUAAUUUUGACUGUUUCAGAGCAAAUUUAGAUUUCCCUUUAUCAAAAACAGUUAAUUAUUCACUUCACAACAUCCCGACUGCCUACCAAGAACCAAUAAGUGCAAAAAGAUAUUCAAACAUGGCUUCAUGGAAUCUGUUCAGCACCUCUGAUAACAUGUUUCUGCCUGCAAAUAAGACUCAGAAGGUGUUACUUAAGGCAGAUGUCUUCCCUGCUUUGAGAUGGGACAAAUUCGGUUCUCAUCCUGAUAAAAAUAGGCUUCAGAUAAAAAGAAACAGGGAAUCCACUGACACUAAUUGGCUGUUGGUCACCUCUCACCGUGAACAUUUCCAGUUGCAGAGCUGUGGAUUUAAAGCAGAGCAGCUAAUGACAUCAGCCUGGUCAUUAUCCUCUCGCACAUAUAAUGGACAGGAAGAGUCUGAGAGGCUUUACAGUGAUGUAACAUGACCACACAUGCGCUCAGACAUACACACUAAGAUGAGGAAGAAGAAGAAGCGGCUUUUAUCAGGGCGGAGGAAAGAAGUGGAAAGAGUGAAGCCUCCACCUGAAGGUGUUUUUAGAUGAAACCCUCUGCCUCCUCUGUCGUACUUCACUCAGUGAAGUGCUCAGCUGGUUUCCCCUCUAGCUGCCUGCCCUUAAGGUCGCACCUUACAAAAAAAUAUUUCUUCUUUUAAGCUCAAGGCGAUCUCUGUGAAUGGAUGGUGGCUUAAACUGAGCAGAAAAAAAUCAACCCUCAGGAGCACAAACGAAGAGAAACACGGUGACUUAAGCAGAGCGAAUCAGACAAAUUAAAGGCAAACCAAGUCGGCGGGAGCUUAUAGAUCUCAACUGCAGACUAAAUCUGAAUUCAGGGAUUAAGAAAGUGGAUCACCUCCUUAUAGCUGACCAGGAUUUUAAAAGGACAGUGACCCUUUUGCAGCAUCUUAAAAAUAAAACUGGAGUUCAGUAGAGGAAGCACUUUGAAUACAAAUACAAUCCAAAGUAAAUUUGCUGGAAAGCCAUCACUUGGAAGAAAUAAAAUGCCCCCAAAAGAGAUUUCAGUUCAUACCAGAUGAAACCACAUCUAUUCAGAUAACUUAAAUUAAAGGCACCAUCUAUUUUCUACACUAAAAUAGAUGGAAAUAGCUGCACCAUCAAGGUCACUUCAUUUAAAAUGUUGUUUUUUUUCCAUGCAGCCUGUUGAUGAGUAAUUCAUCGCCCCGAGGUGUUGACGUUUGUCUUUAAAAAUUAGCUGAGGCAUGAUGGACAGUCAGGGCUGCAGGAACGUCGAGGUAAAUCACGUUUGGUGUGUCUGAUCGGGGAAUCUCGAGGUAUUUGGAGCCUUAAGUGUGACUGACAGCUUUGAUUGCAGAGUAGUUAGGACGUGAAACGAGCAGAUAGAUGGAGAUUAUGUGAGACGGGGGAGAAAUGGAGGAGAGCGUCAAGGCUGCUGACUCGAAUGAAAUGAAACCCAAGAGUCGCAGCGGACAAAGUUUAACACUUAAGCUGGCUCUUAUUUUACUUGGAGGCUAAACGAAAUAAAAACAGAGCUGCAGUAAGAGUGUAGAUGGGGUUUUUAUUCAGCAGAUUGCUAAAAAGUUUGUUUCUAAAUAAAUGCUGAUGUUGCUCCGUGUUAUUUUUGGAUGUGUUUUGUACCCUGUCAGCUACAACAGCUAAAAGGUGAUGUUCUUUUCGCAGCUUAAGUCCAUGACAUACACUUCAUCCAAACUUUACCAAAGUUUGUUGAGAUAUUUUGAUGAUCCCGGGGGAAAGUUGAGCAUAAUUUUUGACGUGCCGUAAAGUUGUUUUCCUAUUUCUGACUGCCAAACUCCGGUAGACGACUUGACAUAAUUCCUGAACAAAUCAUGCAAAUCGAAGCAAACAUUGACUUUAAGCAGUGUUGCAAAAUGUAAAAGAGAGUAGGUGUUGCAGCAGACAUAUCCAAACUGUCAUGUCAGGCUUGUACAGCGCCCCAAAGACAUGACAAAUGAUGAUGAUCACCCAUGUCCAUCACUGUCUUUACUGACGCAGAUUAAAAACGUGUGAACAGGUUUUAAUAUCAGAGUGACGAUGCCUUUUUAACUUAUUGGUUCUUUUAUUUAUUUCUGUUUGCUGUGAAUGUCUUUUAGUUAGACCCCCCCUUAAGAAAUUAAUGUUGCUGACCGCUUUCUUCUCUAGUUAUUCCAACUUUAGCAUUGACCGCACGAUAGCAAUACACAGCGGUCUACGUCAACAUGCAAACCUCAACCAAAAAGCCACUCUAUAGCCACAAAUAAUGCUCAGAACAGCACCUAACUUCAUCAACAGUACAUAUAGGGUCCUUUCCACAGCACUAGCCACCAAACAUCUUCAUCUAGCAAAGAGACUAAACACAACUCACCUACUCUCUUACAGCAGCCGUUUGUUUGUAGUGAGACCUCAGGCCAGUCCAUUACGGAUUGCUGCGGGGUGACACAGCUCAAGGAAGAACAUUUAUGAUCAUUACUUAAUGGAAAUACAAACAGACCGAGACACUAAGGCAGAAGAACUACCAUGUUUGCAGUGCAAAAUGAUUAAUAUGAUGAUUAUUACUUCAAGGAAAUAAUAAAGAAAUGAUCACAAAUGUUCUUCGUUGAGCUGCGUCACCCCACUGUAGUCUGUAAUGGACUGGCCAGAGGUCUCGCUACAAACAAGCGGCUGCUGGAAGAGAGUAGGUUGAGUUGUGUUUAGUCUCUUUGCUAGAUGAAGAUGUUUGGUGGCUAGUGCUGUGGCUGGGACCCUAUAUGUACUGUUGAUGAAGUUAGGUGCUGUUCUGAGCAUUAUUUGUGGCUAUAGAGUAGCGUUUUGGUUGAGGUUUGUUUAUGGCUCCUCAGACCGCUGUGUAUUGCUAUCAUGUGGUCGAUUCUUAAGUUGUAACUAGAGAAGCAAGCGGUCAGCAACAUUCAUCUCUCGAGGGGGAGUCUCACUCGGUGUUACGGUGUGUUUGACUAAAUUUACUUUCGCCGGAAUAUCCCUUUAAGUAAACCCCAGUUUGUGGGAAAAUAUAACAGUAUCUGGGACACAGUAUGCAGAGCAGUCUAUGCUCAAAGGCUAUAGCCCUGAGUACAGCAAUUGCUGGUUUAAUUCCCACAACCCUUUGCUGUAUGUCCUCUUGUCUAUCUUCAGCCCAAAAAUAUUACCUCAAAAGCUGGACUUCACUUGGCCCUUUAUUCUCAUAGCAUCCUUAUAAGCUACUUAUUUUCUCCAUCUCUGUGUGCAAGUAUCAUCAUCAUGAGUCAUUAUUUCCAUCAUAAAUUGGCCCAGGUAUUUUGACCCUGUUUUACACCAUUAGAUCAUGAUCAGCCAGUUUAAAAAUCACAUUUCUAAUCUUAUUCAGACAGAUCAACAUAGCACGGUAAAUGGCAUGAACAUACAGUAAGAAGUUGCUGGAGACCAGCCGAACUUGGACUAAACACAACCAGGUCAUCUGCAUACAAGUUGAUUUAACUUUUACCAACCAUGCAAAUGCAGGGGAAAUGAUCAGUGUCAAGAUUGAGGAGAACUGGAGAUGAAAUUUCCCCCUUUCUGACUCUAUUACUGGCUCCUAUGUGUUGGCAUUCUGUAUCUUUCUGCUUGUCUAGUCUUGUCAGAGCUCCAAAUGUGCCACCGGGUUUAGAAAAGUCCAGACAUGCCCCAUGUCUCAUGUUACCUGCCCAAUUCUCCUUGGUAUUGUUAAGGCCGGGGAAAUAAACUGUGCCGCUUUGAGAGUCUGCUGCAGUUUUUCCAGAGCUGUGUUGCUCUUGCUAAUGGUGGGAAGAUGACGGCAGAGUGUCCAGUUGCCAGACAGAGGGAUGAGGCUUGAUGGGGAGAUAACGAGGUCUCACCAGGAGUCUUUACAGGAGGUGGAUGUGCUGCAGUGAUACAGCUUAAUAACACUCCUAAUCAGGUGCUAGUUAUAGAGCAGCAGGAGGGCCAACAGCAGGGGAUCCAGACGGAAAUGAGAGCUCUGAAUGGCACGGGACGAGGACGUGGGGUGAUUGGCAACUCUGAGUCAAGGCGUCCCUGGUGUGUUGUUGAGCAGAAACAGAGAAGAAGAGCGAAUAAUGCAACAGAGUGCAUGUUUCAGACCAGCUGAGUGGGAGUAUCAGCCGUCGAUGUUGUGUUAUUUUCCCUCUCUGCAAAAGAAAAUGUUCUCCACUCUGUUGUUGUAUCAUCCUAUUGUAUUAUGUAUCCCUGAGGGAGCGUCACUAAAUAGCUCGCUCUCUUCUACAUGAGGGAUCAGUGACAAAUCCCUCAGCAGGAGAGUGAUAAUCUCAAGGAGCAUAAGCUGGUCCCAGAGGAGGACAAAACACUCUGCCUCUGUUUUCCCGAGUGCCUUUAAAGUCUUGAGGGAGGCUGCAGAGUAACACUAACUAACUUAUUUGGCGCAGUUAUGGAAAUCAGACUGUCCUGCACCAGCCGGUAUUUCUCCUAAUUUAAUCGAAAACUCACGACCUUUAAAGUAAAUCAUCAUAAAUUAGUAUGAAUGUACUAUCUGUUUCUGUAAGACAUUUAAAAUGCCAUUUUGAUACAGAGUCCGAAUUCAAAUGCGUGUUUUGAAGCAUUCAUCCGUUCAAUCAUCCAAACAGUUUUGGACAAACUCCACUCAAUCACUCACAGCCAGAUGGUUUCCUGAUUGAUUCCUCCCGGUAAGUGAUUGCUGAAUCUCUUCCAGUCAGACCAGUUUGCAGAGUAGGAGCGGGAAUGCCUCCACUUAGUUUGCUCCAGCAGAACUGCCAACCUGUCGCAAGAUGUUUAUUCAAAUGGAAAUGGUGGUGCAUUGAAUUAUGAGGCUAUGAGGCUCCUUUUGUCUUUAAUGAAUAUUGUGAUGUGUUUCAGUAAAAAAAAAAAAAAUGGAGGAAUUUUAGAGUUUGUGCGGUAACUAUAAGUCUCGAGUUUUCAGCAGCUGUGGCUUAAAGGGAUAUUCCGGCGUAAAAUCAAUUUAGGGUCAAACACACCCUACAUUUAUGAUCAGUUCUUCAUGGAAAUGCAAUCAGACCGAGGCGCUAAGGCAGAAGAACUACUGCAUCUGCACUGCAAAAUGGUGAAUAUGAUGAUUAUUACUUCAAGGAAAUGAUAAAGAAAUGAUCAUAAAUGUUCUUCCUUGAGCUGAGUCACCUCGCUGUAGUCCGUAAUGGACUGGCCUGAGGUCUCGCUACAAACAAGCAGCUGCUGGAAGAGAGUGGGUGAGUUGUGUUUAGUCUCUUUGCUAAAGAAAUCAGGCAAAGCUAAAAAUAUGUUGGUAUAACUAGAGAAGCAAGCGGUCGGCAACAUUCAUCUCUCGAGGGGGUGUCUAACUCGGUGUUACAGUAUAUUUGACCCUCAAUUAAUUUUACACCAGAAUAUCCCUUUAAAGAAAGUUUUGGUCACUGGAUAAAUCACAGUUUUUAAAAUCCACAAAAGUGAGUAAGUUGCAUUUGUAAGUAAAGUUUUUGAAGUUGAGAGUCACUUCACCCCUGUAUUGCCAUCCCUCAAUAUGACUGAUGUUUUUUUCUCAAGUCUCCUAUAAAUACUGCAAUAAUACUGUUUUUGUGUAUUUUAAAGGUAAUAAUCUGAUAUCAUGACAGUCUCAGCACUAACGUCACACAGACAGUAUUUUAAAAUAUAAAAAUCUCCCAAUAGUUCUGGAGUAAAAUGCGUCUCAGAGGCUUUUCAUCCAAAAAAUGAUUUAGAGACUUCUAGAAAUCAAUCAAGCUUCAUCACCUCUGCUGUUACAACUGUGAUAUGAAGCCCAGCGCUGCAGGUUUCAUAAAGAUUUGAUGAUCUGAAGUAAUAUCAAUAAUAAAAGAAGAAAAACUGAUUGCACCCCUGCUCUGACCUACUUGACAGAGAGGCAUUGACUCCUCGUAACCUCACACAACUUCUCCAGAAGUUUCUCAUUCUGGAGUGAAAAACAAGACGGGGCUCUGAGGCUCUGCUUCGCUGUGAUGUGAUGUGACAGGCUGAACGCGAGAAAAUGAGACCCCAAACCAACCGUCUGCCAAAUCAACCGGCGAAUGACUUUGUUGCUUCUUGAUCCCUCAGGGGUCUUUUCAAUCUGAGUUCACAGAUGAGAUAUUUUGGACAUCACAUAUGAAACAACCUUGGACAUUCGGUGCUGUCAUGUUGUCGUUGUUUCUCAGAUCACUGAAUACUGAUCCGAAAUGAAAAUACCAGGGCGUGUUUUUGAAUAGAUCCUCACUCUCUAAUCAUGAAUAAAGACCUCAGAGAGUGAAGCACCCAGAAGUGUUUCUAACUUUGAGCCUAAAAAUGUCAACACAAACCAGCAGUGAAAAUAUCCAACAUACCUCUCAUCCUGUCCAAACUCUUCAGCUCUCCUUCCUCUUCCUCCUCCUCCUCAGCGGGGUUGUAUCCUCUCCUCGUCUUCAUAAUUACGCUGUGAAGCAACUUGUAUUCCACCUAAUUGGGACCUGAGGGCAAAGAGAGGGAGGGAGAACUUCACACAUUCAAUCCAAGCCUGAGGGCAACCACAGAGUGAAGUAUUUUUAGCCCCGAAAAUAAACAAGGAAAUUUGGCAUAUUAGCAAGACAUCAUGGUUGUAAAUAUGCGGGGAAGAGCUCCAUGUUGUGUAAUUGUACUCCAGGAGCUCAUUAAUCAGAAGGUCCUCGUUGUAACCUUUCGAAAACAUUUUUAUGUGCAUGUAAAAAAAAAUAUGUUUUUUAGUUUCUAACACCACACCUCAUCAGACGAGCAGUUUUACUUCAGCGCUUUCUAUCAUUUUGCAUAAUUUUUAAAGCAGCUUAAAGCUCCUGAGAUUUUUUUUACCUGUUCGAGCUGUGUGAUCAGCACUGACUGGUGGUGCUGGCCCUCUGUGGUCUCAUUUUGAGCCAUUUUAAAGAAGUAUUGAUGUCUUCCUAUGAGCUACAAAAGCAAGACAAUGACAAGUUAGAUUUUUUCUUUAUAGUUAUUUGUCAUGGUACAACUCCUGGCGGGGUUUGGUGUCAAUCGAGCCCAGUAUGAUACAAAACCAGCAUUUUUUGGGACAUUUUGAACAGCAGAGAUUUUAGAUCAGUUGUAUUUAUGCUGCUAAAAUGAUCCAUCUAUUGAUAGAAGACACAAUUUUGCAUGUACAGGGACAGGGUGCUGCUUUGUCCAGAGGAGGCGCCAAAAUCAACACAAACUGAAAGUAUGUUUAACUUUGCAAUGGUGUAGGUCAGGUUUAGAAAUGAACACUGCUGCUGUUAUUGCUGGCUACAAAAAAAAAAAAAAACAAUAAUUAGAUGUUUUAGUUAAAGUUAUGUUAUUUGUUUGUCAUGGUAACCAACCAGAUGUGAACAUUAACCUGCAAGGAGCACUGCAGGCAGGUGGUGUUAGCUCUGUUAGUGGUAGCCAGACCCGCAGACCCUCUUUAACCCGCAGAAUCUGUGAUCUAAUGUUAGCCAUGUUACAUAAGUGUUUUCAGUAACUCCACACCGUAUAAUGCAUCAUAAGCACAUUUAUCAAGCCUUAUAAUUAUAAAUAUAUGAGUGGGCCAUCAUUACUAACCAUACAUUUAUAAGGUAUUAUACAUUACUCUUCAGAAACAUUGCUACAUGCUGUCAUGAAAGCUUGUAAUCACUCAUAAGGAUCGCUAUAAAGUCUAGUAGAUGCAUCUAUAAAUGUGCAUUUAUUUGGUGCAUUAUAAGAGGUGGGUUUACUUUCUUUAAUCCUCUGCUUGCAGGAGUGAAAUACCUCUAACUUUAACUUCCCUCAUAGAAAACGCACAUUUCACCUGAAUUUAAACUUUCAAGGUUUUCUCACUUUCACAGUUUUAUGAAAUUCAACCUUUAAUGCCUCGAAAAGAAAGCCCCAUUUCUGCUGAAUGCUUGACAGAAAAUAUGAAUUUGUAGUUUUUAAAAUGAACUCAAUGUGAUCCUGUUAAUCCAUCAAAGUAGACUUUCUGAAGUCUAUGAAUUAAAUAUCCCUCAUAAAUUAUUCAUACUUUUGUUGACUUUGUUUCAAUUACCCAGCAUGUCUGUGGGCUGGAUUUUUCAUGCUGGCAGGAGAAAGACUUUGCUAAACUCCCUGGUUGUUCAUGCGUGGUGCAUCUAAAAACAGAAUAUGUGAAAAACUGUACUUUGAAUAAGUUGAGACGACGUCUCUGGAGAGCUUUGAGGAAAGAUUUCACCACAGAAUGCAUAUGAUUGGAUUCAUUAGUAACUUGAAAUAGACAGUUUGAAGUUUAACAAAUUUAACACCCAGUUUUUACUUUGCCUCGGCUGUUAGUUUUAGUCGUGUGGUCUUGGAUGAGGAGGAAAAUCCCUCAAAUAUCUCAGAAUGAAGAAUCGUUCCUCUCUUCUCCUCCUGACACUGCAGCCAUUUUCCCCCUCAUUGUGAACAGACAGACCAACAGCUGCAUCAUGCUUCUUUUGAUCCAUUAGACUUUGUAGCCACGUACUCUACAGCAGUGCCAUAUUGAUGCGUCUCACAUACACCCAGAGGAGGAGGGUGGAGACUUUAUAGAUUUCCCAUCGGGGGUUUAUCUUCUUGAUCAGUGGGCCGGGAUGGAAGAGACGGCUGGUUUGAUUUAUUCUCCUCCCCCUGAGUUAGGCAGCAGGACAAGGACACAGUGACCCAUUUGAAACCUCAGAGUAGACUGUGUGCAUCUGUAUUUGAGUGAUGGUGGGUUUGACACGCAGGUGUUUGACUUAAUGAGUGAUGCUGCUGUCUGCUGGCGAGGAGGAGACCAACGCACAGGCGCAGGUCUUCAUCAUAUAUCAGGUUCUGUUAUGACGCCUGACUGUUUGUGUUCACACCGUGAAUGAUGUUCAGAUAUACUCCCAGAUUCAUGAAGAGGAAACUUUGGUGAAGGUUACCACCCAGUACAAAUUUAAAAUCUGACUAACACCUCUCACCUGCUUUCCUUUUACAGCUAAACACAGGUGUGUGACAUUUAAAGCACCAAUAAGGAACUCUUAGGUUGUGAAAAUUGUAAACAAAUGUUGUUUUGGCACUUUGACUAACUGUACUGCCAGUCAGAUGUUUCAGCCAGUCAGGAUGUUAACAUGUUCAAAAAUUGAAUUAUUGCCUUAAUCUGACUAAGCUAAACUUGAAAACAAAAACAAAAACAUGUAAACACAUUAGUCUUUAUCAAUUAUUGACGUGAACGUGUCCUCCUCCCCAAAACCAGGGGGCGAUAUCGGUCUUUUCAGCUGCGCUGUUUCUGACCCCAUACAACCGUCAACAGACGAAAGACGUUAGAAGUGUCUACAGCUGCUGCUGGGCAUUUUCGAGCAAGAAGAUGAAACAUCGUACAGCGUUAUUUUUGUCAUACAUGAUGUACGCACUACUUUUUCUGCAGAUGAGGUGCACGCUACUCCUCUUUUCUGGUGUUUUUGUUCCGGGGUUACGGGAGCAGGGUGCACACGUGCAUGCACUGUCCAAUCAUACCCUGACUACGCUGGUUACAUGGUAGAGAAAAUCGAAUUCCAAUCACUUUAUCUGGGUGUCUUACUCCGAUUAUAGUUGGACUAAGGUGUUUACGUGCACUUCAGUUGUCCGGUCUUAAUCAGAGUAAGGUAAUGAUUCGGUUCUCUCGAGUGUCAUAUAAUCGUACUGACUGAUCUUCAUUGUGAGACAGAAAAGCCCUGGACGUCCCAGAAACAGAGUCGUAGUCCAAAAGCUGUCGGUCUCACAGACCAAGUGGAUUUUACAGUAAAUCAGUAUGUUGUACUGUUAUGUUCUCACAACAGAGUCAGCCCAGUUAAAUACAAAACCCUGAAUCCAAGUCAAUCCCACUUUUUUCAGAUGUGUAAUGAUAAAGAAGUCCUGUAUUAUGGUCGAUACAGUACAUGAAAAUAGCAGAUCUUUAUGCAGAUAGUCUUGUUUACUUUUCUCUGCUUUAAAGAGACUUUGGUGAUUAUUUAGGUCAGCAGUGAUAUUUACAUCUAUACAAACAUGCUUAUUUACCCUGAUAAAUAUACGUUCCACAGCUCUACCAUCCAAUAUAGAUCUCCCACUCUCCCUCAGUACUUACCCCACCCCAGUCUUUAAUCUUCUAUGUUCAGUUUUCUCUCUGUACUCUCUUCAUCCCAUUAACAUCCAUUUAAUGGCCUGCAACUCCCUCCUUCUGCUCUGCAGACCUGAAGUUCAACCUCAUUCCCUCCUGAAAGAGACACAACAAAGCACAUCUCCAUUAGCUGUACUGGCUUGCAUAUAUAUCUUCCCGAGAGAAGCAUUUCAUUAUCACAAUCUCAUAAAUCAAUACCUCCAUAUCAGCUGUUUGAAGAGUGCAGCCUUUUAGCAAUCAUACAGAAAUGACCUCUGUGCACUCAGAGGGUUGAAUAUUUCACCAGUUGUUUCCGCAGAUAAACAAAGAUCUGUGAAAUUCGUUUCUGGAGGUCAUAAGUUAUUUCUUCCCUCUGGUUUUCCUCUGAGGUCGCUGCCUAAUUAAACCAAUCAUCCAUCGAUGAUUGUGGAUGUGCUCCAUGCUGUGUGGAAAACAUGACUAACAAUGUUAACAUUGGAAAACAUGUUAGCGGGGGAUCGAAUCAAAGCUCAGUGCAAACCAGGGGCAGAAGAAGAAUACAAAUGAGGAUCGAGCUUGGAGAGGAUAUCAAAAGGCGCGGAGAGCUAGCUUAGCAGCACAGCGAGGGUUUUUACUUGAUACAUUUAGAGAGGGAAGUGCACAAGUGUGAGCAGAGGGAGCGUUUGCAUCCCUGUGGACACACUUAUGAUGACACGAGGGAAACAUGGAGGAAUAAUUCUGCUCUGUGCUCCAUGAGGAUCCUCUCUAAUGUCUGAAUGUUUCCUCUGGUGUGUAAAUGUGUGUGUUUUGUCGCUGUAACAGCUGCUCCUGCUCUCGUUGUGUGUUUACAGUCACAGUUUUUCAAAGGUCAUGGAUAAAAAAAAACACAGAUUCACAGUCUGAGUGUAGAGUUAGAGGGGACGUGUGUUGUUUCGGUGAUAUUCACAGCCACCUCAGCAACCCAUUAAUGCUUUUCCUUCCUCCCCUCUGAGCUUGCCGGUUUCCAUGGUAACCGGCUCUCAGCGCUCGCCACAUCCGAUCACUAUGAGGCUCUCAUUCUCCUCUCUUAGAGAUCGUCAAGGUGAGCUGUGCUGAAGGGGGGUGGAAGUGGAAGGAGGGGCACACUCAGAGGGUAAACGCCUCCCUGAUACUGUUCAAAAUGUCACAAACACAACCUGCGGGGUUCCACUUCCACCUCCAGCUCCAUGUUUGCUUUGCUGUUUUUUGCCUUAAGAAUCAAACAGACAAGAGUUUUUAUUUUCUGGAAAUUUUCCAGAUAAUUUCAGAGAUUUUGACAAAUAUGUUUUGAAUAUUCUACCCAUAUUUUAAUUCAACGAAGCGAUUUUGUUGGGUAUUUCCUGGAAAUGUUGGUAAAUUGUUUCCAAAUUUUCAUUGACCAUUUUGCUGAGGGUUUGCAAAGGGGUUACAGAAAUUUUUCUUAAUUUUUUAUUUUUUCUUCUGAUAUUUCUGAGGAAUUUUUAGAAAUUAGUUUCUCAUUUUCCUAAAAAUUGUAAAGGAAAAUUCUUGGAGCCGUUCAGAGAGAGAGAAGAAAUCAGAGAAAUUCAACUGAAACUUAGCUUCAGGUUCUUAGUUACUUUCCCAGUUGAAAAAAAAGAAAAUUCCUGAAGUUUUACAAAAAUUUAGGGACUGUCCCUGGGGUUUUUGUCAAUUGCCUCAGAAAUUGUCUUCAAUAGUAAAGUUUCGAAUUUUUUUCUGGUAAAUUUAAGAAACAUAUAAUUGUGUAAAACCAAAAUUAUUUGGGGCAUUUUUGUAAGUUUUACUAGAAAUUUUCCAGUGUAUCCUUAAACUAUUGCAAAUUUCCUCAGGGAUUUCUGAAUUUUUUGGGAAAUUUUAAAACAGUGUUAGAGAAUAUUUCCGAAACGGGAGAACCUUCAUGGUGUGUCACUUUUCUGCCGCAGUAUUGAGGUGCUGGUGAAUGUUUGGAUUGAGGACUACAGACAGCUUGUCUCCAUGGCAAUGCGGUAUCUUUUCCUCCCCUCCUGAUGUGAACCUAUGAGCAGGGAGCAAUCUCCCACUCGUCAACAUGUUUUUCUCUACAAAAAAAAAAUGAGAGAGCAGCUUAAUAAACGCCUGUUUGAAAACUCAUGAGAAGACGACUCUUUUAACUAGAGCUGACUACAAAUUUAACAAAACCUUUGGCAGCAUCUCUGUGUUUGGAAACAACUUCUGAGCCGUCCUCCUGUGGGCUGUGAGGCAGCGGGGGGGCCACACACAUAAGAGGAGGCAUCUAAAAAAGCAACACAACACCUCCACUCAGGAGGAUUAUCGCGGUGACUUUUAUGUAGAUCCAGACCAAAAGAAGAGGGCUUUGUUUCUCGAGGAUGUCAGAGAGGGGCACAGGGGCUUUCUGGAAAUAGUCCAAACAUCCUAACACACUUGUGCUCAUCAGUUUGUGCACAUAUCAUUUUCUUAUAAACUGCUUUAAAGCUGUUUUUGUUGCAUAACAUUAUUGUCAUUGAAUGAGUAGCACAAAAGUGAUUGUCCAAUGUUAGCAGAGCAACGUUAAAAUAGCUUGAUGAUGAAUACACAGAGGAAAUGAUUAUUUUAUAAAUGUCGUUCAUGUUGGUGUCUAUUUUUACAGCCCAUUAGCUUUCCAACAAAAGCUGAUUCAACCACAGGCUGACGUUGGUGUGACGGUUUCAUAAGUGACCCAAGCAGCAAGUGACGUUCAACCUUUUACUAUGACCACCACAUAUGCAUUCAAUCAUAUGCCUUCAGUGUACAGGGUCACAUGAGACCCUACUGUCAUCAUUAUAAGCCUCAAUCUGGUUGCAGGAAGAGAAAUCUCACUUAGCAGCGAUUUGCCAAGAUUCAGAAAAAAAGGAUCCACAAGAAUACACCAUCUGGCUCGCUGGCUAAUACUCAAAAUGUUGGAACUGUAGCUACAGUCUCGUUAAUAUUGUAUUGUUGGCCAGGUAGCGUGAUUAAAAAAUAGAUACCAACACUAAUAUUAGUUUUUUUUAAUUGUAUCUGGGAUUUUUUGGAAGUGGUUAAAAUGCUAUGGUCACCUGUGUUUGUGGGAGCAAAUAAUCGACAAUAGGUUUGAGCAAAGAAAGUUGCAAAACAGGAUGCAGAAGAGGUGGGCCAGCAAGGAAAACAUGUUUCCAGAAGAAGUCACGAUGUUGACUAUCAGACACCAAUGUGAAGACCACUUACAGGAAGAUAAAAACAAAUGAUGUCAUUGGAACGCCCAAACGGUGUAUAAAAGGGAAAACAGUUUUAGAGGUAUUCUGGGAUGUUUCAGCUUCUGUUGUCUGUCUGAAUUGUCAUGAGCUGUGGUUGAUGCUGACAACUUGAUUCUGUCUUUGGGUGGUUCAUUUUUGCACCUUAGCAUCUAUGAAAUCUACCAUACAAGUGGCGAGUCAGCCAGGAGUCAAAUACACGGCUGAUCUCUCUCCUGAUUCACUUAAUCGAUUGUGGCUUCUUGGCGAUCAAGAAGCUGUUGACUAAUUAGAGUUUGUCAGAUUAUCAAGGUUUCUACGAGUUAUGUAGGGUGACCAUAUUCUGACUCUCCAAAAAUAUGGGGGGGAGUCACAGAGUCGCACAAAGUUAAUUUUGAGAGUUUUUCGGUUUGGAUCAAGUCUCUUUUAUGCGCUUCUAACUCAGUAAGUCCACGUGACACAAAAUCGAAACACUCAUACAAAAUGCGGACAUUUGAAGGAUUUUAUCAAUUUCCCUAGACAAAGCUAGACAAACCCGAACAGCCCCCAAAAAAGAGGACAUGUCCGGGUAAAAGAGGACGUAUGGUCACCCUAAGUUAUGACCUUGAACAUAGUUAUGGUACACUAUAGUAUUUUAUGAAUCAUAUCCCCGUUAUUCUACCAGGUAGUAGGAUAUGAUCUAUUUAGGGCCUGUCUGCCACCCCAAUCCUCAAGUGCGUGGUGUCAAUAUGAGGAUUUUUCUGCUUCAGACAGAGUAAAAGCCUCUCAAACCUGUAAUUGUAAACAUCAGACAUGUUUAAUAUGUCAGGUUGGACUUCUUCUAAUGAGAUACAGCAAUAACCAAUAUGAGGAGCCUUUAUAAUAUCUCAUGCAAGACAUACCGCAAUAGGGUCGAUAAGGAAAAAGCAUGGGCAUUUCUGUGAGAUCAUGAAAUCAUAAGCCAACCACAAAAAUUAAGUGUGUUAAGGAGUCGUCUGGUGUGUGAUUUCAGAUGAUUGUGAUGUUAAAAGUAGUUCAAACUGACCAGCCUCUGUUAACUGCUCAAAAGGAGGAGCUAACUGACAUAAGGUCGUAAUAGAGGUGUGUGUGAGUGUAACUCUGAAUCCUUGUCAGCUUUUCCUUUACCUUUGAAAGAUGCUGAAGCUCUAAUGAAAUAAUGACUCUCAGACUCCUGUUUGGCCUCUGCUCAGUACAGACCUCAGCUUUUUGUGCGUCCCUCUGCUCAGAGAUGAUUAGAUUGUAAAUUUAACGCUCAAUCAAUUUUACGGCUCCCAGAGGGACCGUCUCAAACUAGCUUGUCUUUGACAGAAUGUAAAAUUUAAUUUUCCUUUUAGUUCAUUAUGAAUGACCAGCAGCAUUAUUGACUUGGUCAUAUUUGGAUUACGAAUGCUUCAGUCCAUCUUUUCUCCCUUUGUUUUGUGUCUUUUUUACAGUGCUGUUUCUCUGAUGUUGGAGCAUGAUCUGUCUUUUUUUACCACCACUUUCUUUCUCUGUGUGCAUUGGGAUUCCUAUCUUGUAACCCUUGUUCCAACCUUUUCCCUCCAGUCUUCGCUCUCUCUUCUUUCCCUGCCUCUUCACUUUGAUCCAAACCUGAAAGAGAAGUAAAUAUACUCACACCUACAGGUGUUUUAACGGCAUUAUAACCAAACAUUUUAGAUCAUUUCCUGAAGUAGUGUGAUUCUUAUGAUCAUGUUUACUUCCUUUCAUGUUUCACUGUCAUAAUACGCCUCUUUUUUACACCUGUUUUUCCUUCCUUGUCAUUCUGUUCCUUCCUGGCGAGCUAUCGCCUGGAGCCGCUAACGUUAUUUUAAGCUGCAUUAAUCAGGCGCCUCUCUGCAUUUUCCUGUGCUGUCGUCUUUAUUAUUUCUCUCUCCUCACUCGUGUCACUUCAUCUUCACUCUUUACUUUAUCUUCCUCUCCCCCUCAUUCCCCUUGUCCCCCCUCUGGUGACAACACAAGCUUUGUGCCAGUUGUUCUAAGAGGUGAAGAGGGAAGAUGAAAAAGUGGGCAUGCAAAUCGUCUUUUGUUUCUGAAACCUUUCUGGCUGCUGGCGUGCAUACAGAUCAGAUCAGACUGACCUCGAGUCAGUGUCUCAAUCACAAGCACUUGUUUAGAUUGUCUGAUGCAGACUGGAGCAGAUAAAACAGCAACAUCUGUGGCUGUUGUUUCAGAUUUUGGCAACACAGUGCUUGGACAGCUCCUUCAUGGGAUUACAGUGUUAGCAAGGCGUUUGAGCUCGCUGCUAAAUUGAAUUAGGUUAUGUUUUUGCAGCUUACAUCCUCAACUGUGUAUGUACAACAUCUUAUCCUCUCAGUUCUGUAUCGCUGCAAGGAUAUCCACUGGUGUUAAAGAUUUCUAUUCUCAAUAUUGAGUCAUGCAUUCAUUAAAUAUUAAUGCUUUCCUUUGAGGAUCCCCAGUUAUGAGCAUACGCAAUGUGGAAAUAAGACUUGAAAUUUGCAAUCAGCGAUUCUUUUUAGGAUUUUUAAAAAAUAUUUCUGAGCCUAAUUUGUAUAAAACGCGACUACGUUUCAGAAUAUAAAUAAAAGAUCAAGAAUUAGCCUUUAAAAACUUUGAUAGUUUUGAGGGAGAAAUACCGUCUUCUGUUUGGAAAAUUCACAAGUAGUAAAGGGGAGACUUAACAAACAGCCUUCAAUGAGGUGAAAGAUAAAAACUGUAUAAAACUAGAGUAUCUACUCCUAACAGAAUCCUCUGUAUAAAAGGGACGAGGUUGAUCACUAAUGCUGGAUGGGCAUGAUCUCCAAGCCUUAAAGCAGCGCUGCAUUAAGAACAACCAUUACUCUGCAGUGGAAAUCACUACAUGGGCACAAAGUCACACCAAAAAACACUGUAUGUGUGAUGCAUCCAUAAACGCAGGUCAAAACUGCACCAUGCUGAGAAGAACUCCUAUAAAAAUCAAAUUAAAGGGAUAUUCCAGGGUAAAAUUAAUUUAGGGUCAAACACACACUGUAACACUGAGUUAGACACCCCCUCGAGAGAUGAAUGUUGCCGACCGCUUGCUUCUCUAGUUAUACCAACUUUAAUAAUGACCACAGGAUAGCAAUACAGAGCACUCUGAGGAGCCAUAAACAAACCUCAACCAAAACACCACUCUAUAGCCACAAAUAAUACUCAGAACAGCACCUAACUUCAUCAACAGUACAUAUAGGGUCCCAGCCAUAGCACUAGCCACCAAACAUCUUUGUAACUUUGCUUGAUUUCUUUAGCAAAGACACUAAACACAACUCACUUACUCUCUUCCAGCAGCCGCUUGUUUGUAGCGAGACCUCUUUAUCAUUUCCUUUAAGUAAUAAUCACCGUAUUUAUCAUUACUCACUGCAGACACGGUAGUUCUUCUGCCUUAGUGUCUUGGUCUGAUCGCAUUUCCAUGAGGAAAUGAUCAUAAAUGUUCUUGUAAAAUUCUUGUAAUCGCGCAAAUCAAAUCUUGACAUCCUCUUGGAAACCAUGGACAUAGCAUCCUGCGUUCAGAGAAGGGUAGGGACCAUACAGUUUAUUAUAAGCACACAGCUCAAAGGCCAGCGUCCCUGAUGUUACUGGGACGCUUAAGUGCCCGUGGCCUAGGAAGAUUACACAUCUGGGAGGGCACCAUUAAUCCCAUCUAGACAAUGCCAUUUUCAGGGAUGAACAGGCAUAAUGACACUGAAAGAAUUACAAUAGUAUAGCUCCAUAGUAGGAGAGUCUAGUCCAUCAAAUUUUUUUUAUAUUUUACAGACUUUCCAACCUUUAUGAAACUGGAGUGCUGUAUUUCAGCACCUAGUUGCUGAAAAGUUGACUCCUGAACAUUUUUAUAAAUCCAUGUACCAUGUCACAUGUGAAACAUGAGGGCUGGAUGUGCAGGGACUUCAGAGCAGCUCAUUAAUCUGCACACACAGGCCCCGUGAACCACUGAACCUCAUAUAAAAGGUGUUAAUGAGGAGGAGGGAGUCAUGUUGCAAACCGUGCUCCCUUUCCUCUGCCUUAUCUCUCUGCACACACACACACACACACACACACGCACACACACACACGCACACACACACACACACUUGCUGUGAUGAGGUCAGAGUGGAGGAGAAGGUGCCAGUUUCUGCCCCAAUUAACUCCCAUUAAUAUCAUUUGCCAGGAUCCACUUUGAUACUGGUGUGCUGUGCAUACAGCAUGAGUUCUCUAUAUCUCCAGCCAACCACCACACACACACACACACACUUGCAUGCACACCUGCACAUUCACACUCCAAAACCUACGAGGUCUGGAAGAACAUGAAUUGCAGAAUUAGACAGCUACAGCUGGGCCUGUGAAAUGCACUAUAAUGAGUGGUGGAUGUGUGAGUGUGUAAUAGCGUGCUGUGAUUGGACACAGGGGUCUAGAUCAUAGCACCUCCUCUUUUGAUUGUCCACAUGCCGCUGCCAACAGCUGUCAGCUGGGAGGCCUUCAAGGGGAGAGGAGGAGCAUGUGUGAAGGAAUCAAGGACACUCACGAGCAUUAGAGAGAUGUUUGAGAAACUUUUUACUGCAAACUUAUUCUGUGUGACCCACAUUUGGAAACAUGAAUUCUUGUAGAGUAUUGAUAAAUUAUUCAGUGGUAUAAAAGUGCUCUAAGUAAAUAGUCCGGUUUCUCUGGAAAGCCAAAAUGAUCAGCUGGAGAUUAGAUGUUAGAUGAACAACUCAAACAUGAAGAUAGAUGAGAAGAAAGAAGCAGAAUAAUACCAGUCUAUUUUGGAGCUUUUUGACUCUCUUUUGUGGAUUCAGCGUAUUAUUAUUUUUCUUAUGUUUUUUAUUGAAUUUCUAAUUAUAACUUGUGGGUUUUUUGAUUUAUAUUUCUAAUAUGUUGUAUGUCUCUGUUAAUAAAGCACUAAAACUUAGGGGGAUAUUCAAGUGUAAAAUUAAUUUGGGGUCAAACACACCGUAACACUGAGUUAGGCAUCGAGGGAUGAAUGUUGCUGACCGCUUGCUUCUCUAGUAACUGCCACAGAUAGCAAUACAGAGAGCCAUGCGCUCAACCAACGACCUAAUAUCAUCAACAGUACAUAAAGGGUCCUAGCCAGAGUACUAGCUACCAAACAUUUUUUGAACUUUGCCUAAUUUCUUUAGCAAAGACAAAAAUCACAACUCACUGUCUCUCUUCCAGCAGUUGCUUGUUUGUAUGGAGACUUUCGGGCGAAUCCAUCAACUGCAGCGGGGUGACGCAGCUCAAGGAAGAACAUUGAAGAUCAUUACUUUAUCAUUUCUUUGAAGUAAUAAUCAUCAUAUAAAUCAUUUUCCACUGCAGACGCAGUAGUUCUUCUGCUUUAGCAUCUCGGUCUGAUUGCAUUUCCAUGAAGAAAUGAUCAUAAAUGUUCCUCCUCAAUCUGCGUCACCCCUGCUGUAGUCUGUAAUGGACUGGCCCGGAAGUUUUGCCACAAACAAGCGGCUGCUGGAAGAGAGUAGGUGAGUUGUGUUUAGUCUCUUUGCUAAAGAAAUUAGGCAAAGUUAAAAAGAUGUUUGGUGGCUAGCGCUGUGGCUAGGACCCUAUAUGUACUGUUACGGUGUGUUUGACCCUAACUUAAUUUUACGACAGAAUAUCCCUUUAAAUAUAUAUUUUAUUAAAAAUUAAGUUUUAUUUGUGGUAAAAAAAAAAAAAAAGGGUUUCUUAUUAAAAAUAGAUCAAUGCUUUAGUUAAGAGACGGACAAAAGCCUUUGUGAGGGUGAGUUUUCUCUCUGGGCUUGAGUGAAUUUUAGUGGACUCCUCUCCUCCUCCUGCUGAAUGAAUCCUUUAUUUACGAACAUCUGAAGCAUCGUGGAGUGUCCUCUUUUUUCUUCCCGUCCUCCUAAAAUUACUCCAAGCGUUUAGACCCAGAUCACUCAUCUGUUUUCUGCAUGUGAGUCUGAAUGUUCUCCGCAGCUUUCAGGCCUUGUGAGUCGACUCUAACAUCAUACAUUUGAAGUCUGGAAAUGAGCUGACACAGCGGCUCGUCGGAGGGUUUCAUAAUAUAGUACAUUAUUUAUGGCAGGGAUUGUGUGCAGGCUGCAGAAACAUUACAAAGAGAGGGGUUUAUCUACUGGAAAAGAGGAGGCUGGUCUUUUCUGUCUCUGUAUGUUGUUCUGCUGCUGAGUACCGUUUAAAGGGUUUGUCUGUAAUGAUCCGACACAUGUAGAGACACAUUUCUGUGUGGGCCUUACUGCAAAACAAUUCAACCAGGGUUCAAAGGCUGGUCUUAGUCUAGUUUGGAGACAUUUGGAUUCAGAUGGAUUUCUGUUCUGAGCUUUUUUAUAGCUGUUUAGGCUUUUGGAGUAGGAGCAUUAGACGCUGAGAUCAAUGAGGGAAGGAAAAAGUGCUUUUUAGCUUAAGGUAGAUCUACUCUCUCUUGAACAACUAUGGCAUGGAAAUGGACAUCUGACAGCUUUCAGAUGAGAGUCAGAAACACAAAUGCAGCGUCUCUUUGAUCUCUCGAUUUCUCUUCUAUUCGAUCUCAGUGGGAUGUUUAAGAUUUGCUGCCGAGACGCGUGCGGUUCAACUCGUUCUAUUAAUAUUACAGCCGAAAAAGCCUGCAGGAGAAGAAGAGUGUGCUCACUGCACUGAAUCCUCUAAUAUGCAUAAAGAUAUCAAAGAUUUUAUGCUGCAGAAGAAAGGGUCAAGAGUUAGAGUUUUGUGAGCAUGUGGUAGCAUUUCUUAGAGAUCAGGGAAUCAGUAUUUGAAAGUUAAAGUCACUGUGAGGAACUUUCAGUUUUUCUUUGAUUUUGGCGCCUCCUGUGGACAUGUUAAUACCUUUUUGCUGAUGUUGUCCUACACCUUUGUAAAGUAUGAUUUUAGUAAUUAAUUCUCUCUGCUUCCUUUCAAAGGGACAAUCAGUUCAGUCGCGGUAUAAACGAUUUUAAACGGCCCAUGUUUAGUGUAACUGUGCGACAAAAUUAUCUGAUUAGGUUUAGGGAACAUGUUCGAGACACUUCAUGUUGACAUAAUAUUCCACCAAGUUCACACUGGCUUUGGUUUUGACUGGUAUUACCAAUCUAUGUAACUUUGUGACAAACGAACCAAGGGGUCCUCGCAAAGUAUCAGUGUAUUAAAAUUACCUGGGAUUCCCACCGCACCCAGAACAGCUCUGAUCCAGAUGCGAUUUUCGCCGUAUGCCAAUUCUUGCCAGAUCCGUUUGUGAGGUGAAUUUCACGGCGGAUUACGGACAGCAGGAAUCGCAAGAACUCACAAGAACCAACGGAUUCACAUGCAAUCGCGCAAUAACAAGUUGUCUUUAGCCACAUAGGCUGACCAUAAAAGCAGUAGAUUGUGUCCUUCCAGAGGAGGAAAUCUACUUCUAGACUUAUAAAAUCAACAUCCCCUCAUCCACGGUGUCAUCGGGAUGAAAGAAAGAAAGGAGGACACAUCCGGACUCUCUGCCUCUAUCAUAGAUUGUCAACAAAGAGCUCUAUCAUCUCACCACCAGGCCGCUCGCUUUAUCUCAGCCUCAAAGAGAGCAAGGGUGGGGUGGGGGUGAAAGACAGGCGGGCACAGAAGGGUAAAGAGGGAAACAAGUCUCUGAGAUUUCCGGAGAUUAUCCGUCUGGUUAAUCUGGUGGCGAGUUAGUGUACAAACCUGAUUCAUAAGCAUACACACUUCACACAUGCACUUGUUUUUCUAUAAUUAUGAGGACCAAAAGUUCCGAAAUGAAAUAAAACGGAGGACAUGUACUCCUGUUGAUCACUCAAGCAUAGGUGUGAAAUCCUUUAACCUGGUGCUGCCAAAGGAACGUAUUUUCACCUGCUGUGGGACUGCACCAUUAUUAAAGAAAACAAGUCCUGAUCCAUACAAUUUAGCCUUUUCCCUCACACCUCGGUGGCCUGCAUCACUGAAGUGCUGUUUCCUCAAAGAAUAAGAGUAUUUCUCUUCCCUUGUGCACGGUCACAAAAUGUAAUUAUAAAUAACUGGUAUAUGGUAACUGCACCAAUGUACAAAGAAUGGAUCGCUGAAGCAACAGAAGUAAUUAAUUUGGGAAAGGUAGCUCAAAAUAAUAAGUAGGAAUACAAAGAGGCAUGGGCACCACUGGAAAAUUACCUGAAAUCACUUUAGAUAACUAAACCAUUAUCAUUCUACAUAAGCCCUCAAAUUCACUUUUCCCUGAUCAAGGAGGUGAUCAUAAUCUCAGUUAUUCCUUUUUGUUUUUGGUAUUCUGACCGCUCAGCUGUUCCAUAUUUUCUGUAAGUACAAAUAAGGAUUAGGGAUUAAUUGUGCGACUGUUGUUAACGGUUUACAGAGCACACUGGGAGUGAUGACAUGAAUUUGUGGAUAAGUUUGGGGGGGAGUUUAAUGGGACUCCAUUUUCUGUUGUUUAUAUGAUGGACAUGCAUGUCUAAUCUCUUUGUCUCUCAUCGUAUUUAUUAAUUCAUAAACAAAAAUCUACAGGGUCACUAAUCUUACAUAAACACACACACUUGUUUUUCAGUGCUUGUGAGGACCAUGAGUUCAGUAACGGAGUAUACCUGAGGACACUCACUGCAAUUAAUUCAUGAAGUUUGUGAUACUUAAUCUUUGCUUGGGUUCUUUCAUUUUAAGCUAUUUUUAAAUUUCAGAGAUGAACAUGUUUACUUUAAAUUAAGAAAUUAAAAUGGUUAUUUGUUUGGACUAAUUGUACCUAAUCGAGCAUGACUCCAACACAAAUAAACCUGUCGUCAAUAUUUCUUAGUCUCUGACCAAAAUUUCACUUUAAGAUACUUUCAGUAUUGUUAUAACAGGUUUCUAUGUCAUUUAACAAAAAUUCACUAGUUUCUUCAGUAAAAUCCUGCUGAUAUUACAAAUUCAACAUUAAGUUGUAAAAAGGGGUACAGAGAAACUUUGUUUUUGAUGUUACUUGUGCACAAUUAUUUUUCCAAUCUUGGUUUAAAAAAAUACUUGAAUAAACUUCUUGAUGUAGAGGAUUUAUAUACCGUUGAUAGUUGGUGUUAUUGUUUCCUGAAGUGAGCGAUCUGGACACUUAUGCUCCAAAAACACAACAAAAAAGCAGAAGUAACAAAAAGUACUCUCUUGGCAUCCUUUGGAUUAAAAAAUUACCAAUAUUUUGUUGUUUAAGUGUUUGUAGACUCACUCGCAUCCUUUGUGUUUGUAUCAUUUCUCAUUUCCUCUAAAGCACUGAUUGACCAAGAGAGUUUAUUUGAAAUAAAUUACAUUGAGAGAUGAUCAGAGUGUCAUAUUUGUUCUUGUCACUGCACUGUCUGAAUUAAACCACCCACGUAUCAGGACACUUCAUCACAAUGAUACAAAGAUCCUUCAUUCUCAGCUUCAAGGCUAAAAUAACCCAAAAACAAUGUUAUUCCUCACUAUCUGACAGGUUCAUGAAUCUCCUGUGUGGGCUUGUCCCAGUUUGUCAUUGAGGCGGUUCAAUAUUGAAAUACUUGUACACUGACUUUACUCUUACCCCACCAUAAACAUUUGGGUUCAUAUUCCGUAUACCGUAAGAGUUGUUUCUUUACUUAUGAGAGUAUUCAGCUUCACAUAUGUGGUAUUUUUAGUGACUUUGAAGUCUGAACUUCAAAUUGAAACAAAGUUCUGUGGGUUUUGGCAGGAUUUGUUACUGCACAGCACGAGUCAAAAAUAAUUGGCUUGGUUGGCGCUAAAUAACGAAGUCUGGAGUGUAGAAAAAUAACAUUUGGAGACAGCACAUAGGUGAGGCCCCUUAAAUAUCGUCUGAAACAUACCCUAUAACUCUGACACUUUUACCUUGUUAUCUCAAACUCUAUUUAUGACCCCAGCUUUAAAAUAUAUGCAGAUGUAUGCAAAGAUGUUCGAUCUCAACAAUAAUCCUAAAAAGCUGAAAAUUUUAAGCAUAAAUGUGUUCGUCUCUUUAAAAAUACCACAGUCGUUAUUUGAUAAAACUGAUAUAAACCUGGAAGAUUCGACUCUCUGCUGCGCUGUUAACUAAGAAAACUCGACCUAUCGGAACUGUAAGUCAUCUGAUAGCCUCAGCUGUGAGUGAGUAAGUGAGUCAAUGUGAAAACAACUCCGCUCAGGCAGCUUGAUGACUCCGCUCUUUAACAGCUCAGUCUGUCAUUUCCAGCCAUGCAGCAGACGGCUAAUGAAUGAAGACUCAACACAUUGUGCUUUGACAUGAGGAAACAUAUUCUCUCUCUCUUUCUGACUUCUUCUUCACCUCUCUGUCCUAUUUCUGCACUGCUGUUGCCUUUUUCCCUCUCCUCUCCUGUCUCCGCACUCUCUAAUUUGCAGACUCGAGUUUCACUCCAUCUCUUUGCACUCAUAGCACAGUGGUUACUAACUUUUUUUGACGGAUGCAGCCUGUCUUUCUUUAACCCUUAGUCUUUAUCAAAUACCGAUCAAACAAUCUGUAUUUACACAGCAACAAUUCACAACAAGUGUUAUCCAAAGACACUUAAUAAAAAAGAGCAUAUUCUGUUUACAAAGACCUAAUGUAAUGGUUACAUAAGAUUUAGCCCCGUCUUGUAAAAUCAAACCCACUCCCACAUCAUCUUCAACCACAGAUGAAACACUGUAGCAGCAUUUAGCAAAUUACAGUGGAGAGGAAAAACUUCCUUUAACAGACAGAAACCUCGAGCAGAACUAGACUCAUGUAAGACAGUCAUCUGCCGCCACUGUAUUGGGUUUAGAGAGUGUUUCUCUGAAAAAGGGCAGUAAGGCAAAAAAUGCUGGUCGCCAUAUUGGAAAGGCUGAGUCCAACUAACUUUCAGCUCUGCUACAGACAAGCAGAGAGUUGGAACUGAUGCUUUAAGGUCUUACACACCGGGGCCAACACGAAUUUAGAACGCGAAAUUACGAAACAUUCGGUGCAAAUUUUGACGCGCCUGACUGUACACAUCAAGCCUGAUGUGAUUUUGCGACUUCGCGAUAAAGACGCAUCCCGGGGAAGACUUUUCCCGGGGAAAGUCCCACCUCCUUCGCCUCUGAUUGGCUACUCAAGCCAAACGGUCAGCACUUCUAGCCAAUCAGAGGCGAUAAGAUAAGCACAUGAAACUAUGGUGACAACCGUUAGCUUACGUUAGCACAGAUGAAAGUUAAAACAAAGACGUUUAGCAAACUGUUAAAGCACACCAAACAUCGUCAUAUGAGAGAUCCAACGCUAUGACUCUCCACAAGUUGUCCUUUCAGGUCAUUAUCUUUGAAAUAUUUGUGUCUUUUAUCAAAAAGCACUCUGUUCUCCGACACGUAAACAGUCAGCCAGUUGGCCAUGUUGGAUAUACUGGUGAAUCUGACGUCGCAACAACACAAAAUUUGAUUGGUCAGAAGUGGACACACAGUAUGCGGAACUUUAGAAAAAUCGACCAUGAUCCGAAAAAAUAAAUGCCGCAAAAUCGCAGGACGGGAAAACAUCGCUGAUGUGAAAGCUUGAAUUGACAGGAUACGGGUUUGAAAAAAAAUAUUGACAUCCGACAUAAUGGCAUAACAAAAACGGUCCUGGUGUGAAAGGACCUUUGGACUUGCCAGCUGGCAAACAGCUACAACAAAGUCCACCUGUUGGUCAAAUUAGCCAGUUUCUUGGCCUUAUUAGGCCAGCCUCAAGUGGACACCUUAGGUACUGCAGUUUUUUUUACACAUUUGCUUUGACACUUAAGGCUAAAACAUACAGGAUCCGUAUUAAACAUAUAUCGUCAGCGCCAUGUAUCAUGCAGCAAAUAGGUUGCAGUUGAGCUCCGUAUCAGAAGCGUAUCGAACGCAGCACUGCUAAAUAUACGCAACAAGUCUAUUUUUGCUUUUAGCCUUUUACAUCUUUCAGUGUUUAUUAAUAUCUUGAUACAUCAACCCAAGAAUCUGUUAUUCUCUAAUAAUAGCUUACUUCUGCAACUAUACUAUCUUAAAGGAUAUUUAAUAGGCUUCUUUUGGAUGGUAUUUGACCUGCUUUCAGCUCCGAUUUCGACCAUUGAAACAUGACCUUCAGCUUUCAAGUCAAACUUUUCUAGUUGCUUGGUACUUUGGUGAUAUUGUUUGGUAUAAUCCUCUCAGCUCAGACUGUUUUGAUUACAGAUAAAGAAUUGCUCCAUCUGUUUCUGUUACUCACACUAAUUUACUUUGCUAGUUCCUGCCUUACAAAGAGUCUCGCCUGUAUUUGUUUUAAUCAAUGAUCUUAAUUAAUUGAGCUUUCUCUCACACUUAAAUAAAUCAGAGACUGGGGCUUUUGUUGGUGUGAAACUUUUUAUAUUGCUGUCCUUGCCAGUCAAAGAGCAUUUGUACCUCAGUGGAAAUAUUCUUGUCUAAAUAAAGAUAAUUUUCUGAAAAAUGAACUUAAUGAGAUUUUUAUUGACUCUUCCUCCAUCUUCAAGCAGACAUAAAACUCUGCAGCAUCUCCCUGAUGCCCACUGUUUCUACACCAAGCCCUUUGCGCCUCGUUCUUUGUACAUUUUUAACAGGCUGAGAUAAACAGAGUGUCUCUAACCCAAAACAAAGUCCUCCCUUGGUAUCCAAUUAAACCUCUAAACCCUGACAGUCCUAUCUGUCUUUUUGAUGCAGGUACGUGUCUGAUCCUGGGCUGCAUGAUCUACCCAGACGGCUGGGAUAGCGACGAGGUCAAGCGGAUGUGCGGCGAGCAGACAGACAAGUACACGCUCGGGGCAUGCUCUGUGCGCUGGGCGUACAUCCUCGCCAUCAUGGGCAUCAUGGACGCCCUCAUCCUGUCCUUUCUCGCCUUUGUCCUGGGAAACCGUCAGGACAGCCUGAUGUCUGAGGAGCUGCUGGGAGACAGUAAGAGGAUAACAGCUCUGGGAUAUGUGGAGGGACAUGUUUGACAGCAUGCUGCACUUUUUGGGAACAAUUCGGUUUAUCAUUUAGAGAAGGAGGAGUGGUCUGCAUACCUUUGUGUACCCAGGGCUAAAGCUGAUUUCAGGGUAGAGGCUUGAUCUCUCAGUUUGGAUGAAAGUUAAUCUUUAUAGAGCUGCACAGAAGUUUAUUUAAGAUGAUUUUCUGCCUCUUACUUUACAGGGAGAGUCUGAGAAAGAAGGCUUUUGUGCCCCUGUGCACAAAGAAGGGUCUCUGCAGAAAAGUCCAAGGCUGCAAAUCCCUGUAGACAAACCAAAGUCUUAAGUCCUUUUCUUUGUCCCGUCCAUUUGUGGGGUCUAAUAUCCCCAUGCUUAUCUUGAUGUCAAGGGUGUCAUUGGACUAAUUAGUAAAGGUAAAUAAAACCAAUGGUGGACGGUAAAAUAGUUUAUCGACAUUUUCUGUCAGUGGUGAUAUAAAGCACUUGUAGUGGGCGCAGUUUGAUGAUGUGCAAUUGCCCAAUCAAACUACCUUUUAGUUCAUUUCACAGCUGCUGGCUGCUUUGCUCUAGCCUGGCUGGGCUAUCCAGUUACGUGAAUCACUUGCCUUUCCUCCUUUGUUGUGGGAAGGACCAGCCAGGCUAGCUUCGCUCUCCCUCAAUACUGGACCAGUUUCAGAACUUGUUCCCUCAUCAGUCAAGUACGGUGGCUGAGAACCGCAAAUAAAAAAUGAAUGCAAAAAAAGGAGCCGCAACAGAAGUUAACGACGUAAAACAAGUGGCGAUGCAAAAAAAAAAAAUUUACGAACAGCAAAAAUAAAAGGAUUAAAGAAAAUAAAUUAAUCAACAGCAGAAGUGAGCUGCAAGAAGGCGAGCAAAGAAGUAAGUAGAAAGGUUAUUGUUUAAUUUCACUUCUUGUGCUUUUCGAUGUGUCAUUUGGUUCGGCCAUGUAGCGCCUGAGUCGAUAUGAAGUUGAUCUGUAGAAUGCCGCUGUAGUGUUAGCUUCAGUUCAACUUCAUAUCGACUCAGGCGCUACAUGGCCGAACCAAAUGACACAUCGAAAAGUACACAAAGCGAAAAAAAAACAAUAACCUUUUCCACUUACUUCUUUGCUAGUCUUCUCACCGUUGUCUUCUGUGCCUAGAUUGUAAAACACCUGUGCAUCAUCAUUAUUGGUCCCUGGCGGCUCACUUCUGUUGUGGCUUUUUUUAUUUGCAUCCUUUUAUUUUUGCAGUGAGUAACUUUUUUUGCGUUGUUAACUUCCGUUGCGGCUUUUUUCUUUUUUUUAAAUCUGCAUCGUUUCUUUUUUUUAUUUGCAGCGGGCUUCAGUUUUUUUUUAGCCUCAGUAACUUCCAUUGUGACUUUUUUUUGCAUUCUUUUUUUUUUUUGCAGCAGUGACGGUUCUCAGCCACCGUAGUCAAGCACUCCCUGAUGACAGAAUUUGGUUAAUCCAUCUGCUUUACAGUCUUUAAAGUCUACAAAUCAUUGGACUAAGGAAGUUUCUCUUGUGUUAGAGUAAUACUUUCAUGAUUUUUUAAAGGUGUUAUGCUGUUAUUUGAGAAUAUUGGACAGCAGCCAGAGAGGCAAACUGUGGGAGUGGGAGCAACGUGCAGAACGGGGCCACAGACUAGAACAGGACCCAGGGUGGGCAUGUGAGAAUCAUAACUUCUGCUGAGCAAGUGGAGCACCAUACUGGAGUAAUCUUUCACCAGAAGUAUCUUGACUUUAAUUAAAAUAAUUAGGUCCUAUAUUUUGUCCACCACUGGUCAUACCCGCCCCCAACUAGAUUAAAUGCCAGUCUGAAAUAGAAACACGAAAAUACUAAAUUAAAAAUGUUGGUGCAAAAUCAAGGUUACACCCAGAACAAAACAAGUCAAGUGCCAAGAAACUAAUUACAAAAAUGAAGGAAUACUGGCCUGAAUGUCUUUGUGUAUGAGUAUGCAGCAAGUUCAGCCAAGAUUUGAUUCCUCCUUUGGCAUGUGGAGUCCAUUUAUUAAGCUUUCAAAGUUAUGAGGCUCAAAUCCAAGAAAAGUCAGUCUUUUUUUUCUUUCUUUCGACAUUAAAUCUUACUCACACCCUCAUCUUUGCUAAAUUUUUGCGCCCGCUUGGUAUUUUCAUGAAAAUUCAAUGAGAUACAAUCUGAUUUUUCAGCCCUUACACAAUCCCUCAGCAGCUGGAAAUUAACAAUAAAAAAACAUUAUUUCUUCUUUUGCAUAAUUUUCUACGCUCGACUAAAUCAUCUGCAUACAUUAGCUGGAUUUUUUUACACCACCUGCUCGGCUGCUUUUGCCUGCUUCUGUUACCACUGAAAAUGCUCCCGUCUUGAUUGGUCGGGAUGACAUCUGCACUCAGACCCCGAUAGAAUGAUUUCAACAAGGAGGAGGAGGAGGAGAAUACAAAUGAAGGAGGACGAAGAUCAAAAAGAGAGGAGAAAGAUGGGCGACUAGGAGGAAGAAUGCACCAGUAGCAGGGGUUAAUUGAAGCCUGGGGAUGCUGGACGGAGUCAUGAAUUACUAAUGGCUGUUUACACAGCUUGCUGCCAGCCUGUCCAAAUGAAUCACAGACACCCUAUCAGCCGGGACACAGUCGCCUGUUAGACGCCAAAAAAAAGAGAAAAAAUCAAAAAGACUAGGAGGAAGAAGCCGUUAUCAAACCAGAGACAAGGGAGGAAGGACAAGACAGAGGGGGGAUAAUGAGCCAAGGAGGAUGAGGGAGCGCACACAGAGAGAGGCAGAGACAAGAAACAUGAGACCGGAAUAGAAAGGAGGGAGAUUCAUCAAACAGCAGAUGAAGUCGAGAUGGCAUGUUUUCCUAUCAUGUCACUCAGGAGGAUGGAUAGUGACACCUGUCCAAGUCUGAAACAUGAGGGAAGGGAUGGAGUUUGAAUUUAAGCAGCUGUUUCGUAGGAGUCUGAGUUUGAUGGAAUACUGCCACCUGCUGGUUACAAAAUGUCACAGUCAUAUUGAGCUGGUCUCUUUCUGUUUUCUGUUCGCAGAGACCGGCAAUAACGCCAUAUAAAGUCUACAAUGGUCCAGUUUUCACACAUAUACACACACAGGUAAGGACUGAAUGGGAGUUAUUACUAUUAUUAUUAUUAUUCAACUUUAUUUCAGACCCACCCACAGGAUGGUCCAUAUCACAGAAAAAAAAUGUACACAUAUACAGCAAAAUAAACACAAGAAGAUUAAAAAACCUGACCGAGCUGUGACGAGGAUUGCAUAUUACAGUAAAUAUGGUGUUUUCAGUCACCUCAACUUUACACAUAAAUCUUUACAUUAACUUACGAAGCACUGUGGGGCAUGUCGGUACACCAACACUUACAAAUAUGUAACUAGCGCUACAGCUCUAAGGAGCUCUGAGCAGCAGCCUCAUACCAUCAUUAAAAAUGAUGCAACAGUGAGUGUUGUAUUGUGUUUUCUUCUGAAAUUGGGAGAAAACAAAAACACUAGAAUUUUUGUCUAACUUGACUUACUGUAGAAAUUAACAUGUCUAUUUAGUUAACUACAAUACGUCUAAAUUUUUAACUGUAAUUAACUUUAAACAAAUUGUGUUGUGAUUUUUUGAUAACUUGAUCCACUCCCUCUGAGUCUUCAACAAUCUUCAAACUAUUACAGUCUAAAAUUUAUGCUUCGUACUCAACAAGCUUUGAAGAUGAAAUAAAAGAGAAUCAUUUCAUACUGUUUAAUUAUAAAUGGACCCAGUCUUAUCUUCAGUGAAGAAUCUACAUUGUAGAUGAAUACAGAUUUCACCUGAUUUACUUUGUCAUUUAAAGUAUAAGACAUUUGUCCUCACAACAAGGGUAAUCACUGACCCUGCUGAGCUUAAAGCUGUAAAAUACCCCAACCACACAAACUUUCCUAAUCAGUGGAAAUAAUGACAUUCACAAUCAAGAAAACAUCAUCACACAAUAACCAGAUUAUUCAAAUGUUUCACGUUUGCAGAUUUUUUUUCUUGCAUAAAUCAGCAAGUAAAAUAUUCAGGCUUGAUAACAUUAAGAAACACUCCUAUAAUUACAAUCACUUAGAUUGUGGUAAUGUAUCGUAUCACACUGAUACUGUGAUUAGAAUAUGAUUUUAUUGUUUAGUCCGUCUUUUUUCAGUAGGUCAGCUGUGGUAAUGUCGUAAUUUUCUAUGAUCUGAGAGAAAGUGAAUUUCUGCGAAUGUUACGUACUUCUUUCUCUGGUCUUCAGGUCUUUCUGCCUAGAUGUGUAACUUGAGGAUCCAGCUUCCCUGUCCUGGUCCAACCUGUGGCUGAGAUCUAGAGCUGAUGUCGGGGAAAGAACAGAUCAGAAAAGAAAGAAGGGGAGGUUUUGAACAAGACCAUGAAACCUUCAUGGAGACCAGGAUGCCUCCCUCUGUAAAAUAGCUGUUUUUUGUCACAAACUGUUUAUUCUUACAGGAAAAUCAACAAGGAGACUUGCUAGAGUUUACCUGUGUUUUUUGGUGUCACUGCAUCAUCUUACCCAAGCUGUUCGAAGUGAUUUUACUCCCUGUGGAUGUGAGGAAGCCUGUUUGCGUGUCCAGGUUCUGCUGGAAAAAAAAGAAAGACUCUUCCUUUUGUAAUUCAGCUCCAGGACACUUCUCGGACAAACAGAGCUGAGCGACGGCUGCUCAAGUCGAAUCAAAUCAACACAAAUUACCCCAGACUUUGACCGACACAAAUAAGGACUUAACAGACUUGAGGUCAGAGCUGUCAGAUCUUCUUUUGCAUCAAGUCGAUGAACUCUCAGAAAAAAAGGAGUUUGGCUUUGAGACUCUUUGACCUUUGGUUUGAUGAAGGGUCAAGAGCAAAGUGAAGACUGUAAAAAAAAUACCUGGGAAAAACAGAAGAAAACUUUUAUGAUUAAAUGUUUGAUGUACUAGAAAUGAAGUAGUAAUCAGAAGUUUGGCUCGUCAUUAAUUUGCUAAACUGGUGUUAAAAUGAGAAAAAUCAGUCAUCAAGUAAGUCGAUAAUAGGCGUAUAAAUUUGUUUACUAUGUCCCUGUAGUUUGUCUUGACUUUGAAAUGUACAUUUUGAAAUGUCAGUGUGUCAUACAGUAUCUUGUACUUGGACAGUAUUAUUGGGCACAUAAAGGGAAUAAUGAGAAACUGAAGUGGACAUGAAAUGAAGCUGAAUGUGUUGGACUCUUUGUUGUAUCUCUUUGUCCUGUCUCCAAGUUUAAAAAGCUAAUAAAACACAAGGAGUGAGUAUAUCGUACAUUCAAACUGGAAUUUUGAUUCUGGUGUAAUCAAAAAUAAGGCUUGGAUCAUUUGUGCUUGUCUUAACAGAAACCAUGACAUGAUAUGACAGUCUGGUCACGGCAUUAAGUCUCAAUCCUGAACUAAAAGUUUCACUGUAGUAAUUUUUUUUUAAUCGAUUGACGGAGGACAUGAGUCUGGUCCUUCUCAAGGUUUCUGCCUGUUAAAAGGAAGUUUUUUCUUGCCACUGUUCCAUGCCAUGUUAGAUGAGAUGAGUUAAAUCUGUUCCAUCUUAUGGUUGGGUCUUGAAAACUCACCAAACGACGAGUGUGGUCUAGACCUGCUCUUUUUUUGGGAUGACGUCUGUUGUGAAUUGGCGCUAUAUAAAUAAUAUUUGAUUGGUUGAUUCAUGUUUUCCAUUCUUCUAUCCGGGCCUUUGUUGAAAUCAAAGUGUGGUCAAUAAGAGAAACCACUUGGUUUAGGCAGCUUUGUUUGGAUGAAAUUAUUUGCAGAACUAGACUAUGUUACAGAGCGUUAGUAGUAGUGGUGCAACGGAUCAUCAUUGAUCCGUGAUCCGUUCGGAUCGACGUGUUCGGUUCGGCACACAUGUGAUCCGCGGAUCGAUUUCUGAAAGCGGAGAAAGGAGGAGCUCGAACGCCCCGCGACACUUAAAUCCCCUGUAUGGGAGCAUUUUGGCUUCCCUGUCAAUUAUGAUGAAGAAGGAAAGAGGUCAGUGUACAAAACUGCGACGGAGUGUAGGCACUGUGGCAUAAGAAAGCCAUAUGACAGUGGAAACACAUCGAGCAUGUUCACGCAUUUGAAGCGACAUCAGCCGGGUGUUUUACUGACAGGUGUUGUGCCGUAGAUUGCACCCCUGCCGUAGAACGCACCCCCUGCAUCCCCUCCACCCGUUAGCUUCUUAAAGUGGAGAUAAUGAUCUCAUAUUUGAUAUGAAUAGCCUGAAUGAAAUUAUUAAAGGCAAACGCUGUUGAAUACAUCCAACGUAAGGAAAACUUGUAUUAUUUCGCCUUGUUAUGUACUUUCAACCGCGCUCCCGUUAGGGGGUGCACUAUACGGCAGGGGUGCAUUCUUUGGCAUAACACCUGAGAUAAAACGAAAGCUGCCCAACAACCGCUCAUCACCGCAGCAUUUAAGCAGCCUCUUCCUGCGCAAUCCGACCAGGCUAAAGCUUUCACAAACUCUAUCGGUGUGUUUAUAGCUGCAGACAUGAGGCCGUAUUCAGUUGUGCAAAACGAGUGCUUUAAAAACAUGCUGAAAGUGCUUGAGCCACGUUACGACAUCCCAUCGCGCACACACUUCAUUUUUGGUUCAUUGUUACAUUUUAAAGGAAGGAGAUAUGCCUGUAUAUUGUACUUUAAGUUGUUUUUCAUUAAUAAUUAUGUUAAAAAGAAGAUAUUAUGCCCUGUGCACUACUUUUAUAUAUUUUAUUUGUCUUGUUUUUUUUUCUUUUUGCUGAUCCGAAAAAUGAUCCGAUCCGUGACUCUUGAUCCGAGGAACGAUCCGAUCCGUGAGUUUUGUGAUCCGUUGCACCACUAGUUAGUAGUGACUUUCCUCUGAUGAGUUUAAGGGGCUUCCGACUGGUGUAACAUAAAAUCAGUGUUGUAUUGUUUGUUCAAAUAAUUGAGCUUUCCUUCACAGCUGAAAGGGCUUUUUUUUAAAAAAAGCUAAACUGCUGCCAGACAAAGGGAAGAGAGACUUGGACGUGGUGUGGUGUAUUUUUUGUGAUGCUUGUCCACAAUGAAGGGGAAGAAUGGGCAAUAAUAAUCAAGAGCAACGCCAAUUUCAGGUAUCACAUGCAAGCAGGAUGUUGGAUCAGAAGCAGGAGUGUGCAAGGCCGUCCAGCUACGUGAGUCUUUACAGGCCUGCAGGGAGUUCAUCACGUCCAACAAAAGAAAUCACAGCCUCUUUGUUAAAUAAAGGAUUGACUAAUUCAGCUUUGGUGAACGGAAGAGGUUUGAAAUUCUUUUUAUACCAAGUAAAAUAUAAACUUAAAAAAAUAAAAAAGCGUAAGUUAUCGAAUUGUGGUUUGUAGAAGCUUACAGAAGGGAGAUGUUGAAUAUAGGGCAUGCAUGGUGUCAGGUAUAAUCGCCUUUCUGGGAUGAUUUUAGACUAUCUAAUGCUGCGUUCAAGUUAUCUCGGAAGUCAGAAGUCCGAGCUGAAAAUGAUGCCACACCCGAUUAACCAGCGUUUAAGUUACCAAGUCGGAAAAAAGCCUUGUCCAAAUAUAAUGCAAGCGCUAAAAUAACUUUCGUAGAUGUAGCCAUCUUGUUUCCACCUCCUAUUUUGCUUUUUCCAACUUGGUAACUGAAACGCUGGGAAUUCGGGUGUGACGUCAUUUUCAGCUCCGACAUCUGACUUCCGAGAUGACUUGAAUGCAGUAUAAGACUUGGCUUUGUUGUCAACAUCUGAAGCACAAUGAGUAUGUGCUAAAGUUAUGUUGCUGAUUUUUGAGAUGCUUAAAUGGAUAAAAAUCUAAAUGGUGUUUUGUCAGCUGUAAUUCCUACUUCUUGUUUUUAAUUAACUAUAAAGACAUUAAACCAAAAA